AUGUUGUUUGUACAGUUAAAUGUACAAAUCUUAUAUUUUAUCCAUCACUUUUUGUGCAAUGGUAGUCAAAAAGGAUAUAUUACUUUAAAUGGUAAUAUAACAAAUUCAAUUGGAAUGGUUGUUGCUUUUAUUCCUGAAGGUUUACCAGCUGCAGUGACUCUUGUAUUAACUAUUGUUGCUAAAAGAAUGUAUAAACAAAAAGUACUUGUUAAAAGUUUAGCGACAGUUGAAACAUUUAAUAAUGUCUCUAUAAUUGCUACAGAUAAAACUGGUACAUUAACAAUGAAUCAAAUGACAAUAACAGCAAUUCUAUGGGGUAAUCAAGGUGAAUAUAUGGUUUCAAUAUAUAACAUUGAUGGUAACACAGUAGUGGAUGAUAGACGUAUUAUCAAUCGACAGUGA